CAAUACAAUCGGCCCAUCCGCCAUUGAAGGUUCUACUUUUCCGUCGUUCCUCCGAAAAAACGUUCGUUGUUUAUCUUCUUCCAACUCCCGGGGACUUUGCCAUCCAUCCGAGUGUUUUCGGUUUUAUUUUUGGUUUGACUUGCGCAAUCGUUUUUUGGUGAUGUCUCCAUAUGCCACCGAGGCUAAGGCCAAGUGUUGACAACAUCUUCUUUUUCAUCCGCAUUGCAACUUGAGAGAGAACUUUCCUGCGUCCACUUCCGACCGUCAUCAUCAUCAUCCAACACCCCGAGAAAACUCGCAAGCGAAAUUUGAAACUUGACUUUGGUUCAACUCGCAGGGAGAAAUGAACGACGCCUAUCUCGACACUCAGGCCCAUUACGGGUUCAGUUUAAGUGGCGGUUACGAGGCCCAGCACAGCCGCGAGUCUGUGGAUUUGAUCGGCGGAGUCAACAACAGUGUGGCCGUGACAUCGGUGGCCGGAACGGUCGGCUCAUCCGGUUCGACAGUCGUCGGCGUGGGACACGGAAGCGGCGGUGAGGUGGACGUUUGGUCCAAUUCGCACGAUCCUUAUUCGCCCCACAAUCACCACCACCAUCAGCAGCAGCAGCAGCAACAACAACAACAUCACCACCAGCAUCAUCACCAACAACAACAACAUGCCGCUUAUUACGGACAGUCUGUGGGUGGAGGGCAGGUGAUGACGGAAUUGCUGACAGCUACUCAUCCGCCGUCUUCUUACAACCUCAACCAGCCUCAACAACAACAACAACAGCAGCAACAACAACAACAACCGUUCACUCCUACCGAACAGCACCCGGUCGAUUUGUCGAAUUCUCAGCAACGACCUCCCAAUCCGGCCGUUUCAGCCGCCACUUCGGCCGCCUUUUACGGUCUCUCGGCCGCCGACUACAACAGCCCCGCAACCUCGUCCAGUCAACGUCAGCGCGGAGGCAACGACACCUACAAACCCAACGGACUCAGCCUUUCGCUGGGCAUCCCCGAUUCCGUUGUCGGAGCGGGCGGAUUGAUUCCGGGCUCUUUGACUCCACCGGACAAGGUGGUCGGAGCAUCCGGUGAUUUGAGCGGCGGUCAUUUGCUCAAUCAGCAACAGCAACAUCAUCAUCACCAACAGCAGCAGCAGCAGGGGGCUCAGCAACAACAGCAGCAACAACAACAACAUCAUAACCCUUACGCCCUGGCGCAUCCCAGUUCGGCCAUGGCUCCGACUCUGCAGACUCCGCCGUCGCCUCUUUCGACUCCGUCGCCACCCGUGCCCAUCGAUCGAUACGGGCCGACCGGAUCGGCGUAUAGGGGCGGAACCAAGGAGCAGCGGCUGACCCGUGAGGCGAUGAUGCGCUACCUGCAGGAGCACGGCGACAUGGUCGUGGUCAUCCUGCACGCUAAAGUGGCCCAGAAGUCGUACGGCAACGAGAAGCGCUUCUUCUGCCCGCCGCCGUGCAUCUACCUCUACGGCGACGGAUGGCGGAGGAGGCGCGAGGCCAUCCAGCGCGAAGCCGCCGCCAACGGGGCCUCGCCCGCAGAAGCCGAAGCCGCCUCGCAGCUCUGCGCUUUCAUCGGCAUCGGCAAUUCCGACCAGGAUAUGCAGCAACUCGACCUCAACGGAAAAAGUUAUUGCGCGGCCAAGACGCUGUUCAUUUCCGACUCUGACAAGCGCAAGCAUUUCAUGCUGUCGGUGAAAAUGUUUUACGGCAACGGCCAGGAUAUCGGCGUCUUCCACAGCAAGCGGAUUAAAGUCAUUUCUAAACCGUCCAAGAAGAAGCAGUCGCUCAAGAACGCCGAUCUGUGCAUCGCCAGCGGGACCAAAGUGGCCCUGUUCAAUCGACUCCGCUCGCAAACGGUCAGCACUCGUUACCUGCACGUGGACAAUAACAAUUUUCACGCCAGUUCCACCCAAUGGGGCGCCUUCACCAUUCAUUUAUUGGACGACAGCGAAUCCGAGUCGGAAGAGUUUACGGUGCGCGACGGCUACAUCCAUUACGGCAGCACGGUCAAGCUGGUGUGCAGCGUGACGGGCAUGGCCCUACCCCGGCUCAUCAUCCGCAAAGUGGACAAGCAGAUGGCCGUUUUGGACGCCGACGACCCCGUCUCGCAGCUGCACAAGUGCGCCUUCUACAUGAAAGACACGGAGCGGAUGUACCUGUGCCUCAGCCAGGAGCGCAUCAUCCAGUUCCAGGCGACGCCGUGCCCCAAGGAGCCCAACAAGGAAAUGAUCAACGACGGAGCCGCCUGGACCAUCAUCAGCACCGACAAGGCCGAGUACCAGUUCUACGAGGGCAUGGGACCCGUCCGCAGUCCCGUCACCCCCGUCCCCAUCGUCCACUCGCUCCACUUGAACGGUGGCGGCGAUGUGGCCAUGUUGGAGCUGAUGGGCGAAAAUCUGACACCCAAUUUGAAAGUGUGGUUUGGCGACGUGGAGGCCGAGACCAUGUUCCGCUGUGAGGAGUCGAUGCUGUGCGUCGUGCCCGAUAUUUCAGCUUUCCGUUCCGGUUGGCAGUGGGUCCGCGGACCGACUCAGGUUCCCAUAUCUUUGGUGAGGAGUGACGGUGUCAUCUACGCCACCAGGUUGACGUUCACCUACACACCGGAGCCUGGACCGAGGCCGCAUUGCCCUCCGGCCCAGGAAGUCUUGCAGCGCGGGGUUGUAGCCGGAUCUAACAAUGCCGUCAAUCCGAUGGCACUCGGCUACGACAACCAACACAUGCAUCAUCAACAACAGCCGCAACAACAGCAACAACACCACCAGCCAAUGUGAAAUUAGAGGGGAACAAAAAAAGAGAAAAACUUUUUGUGACGGCCCGGAAGAAAUAUUUGGUUAGUUUGUUUUUUUCGUUUCUUUUUUUCUCCGACACAAAACAAAAGAAAACCCUACAAUUCCAAAAUGUUGUUUUGUGUCCUGGGCGUGUUGACUUAGAUUUGUUGUGUGACGAUUCUCCUUUUUAAUUUACCUGACCGACUGAUUUCCAGUGAUAAUCGAUGUGAAACUACCGUUUAUAUCUCUCUCUUUCUUUUCUCAGCUUUGGUGGUUGGAUAUAGUAUCCAUAUAAAUUUCCUUUCUCUCUCCAAUCGAAAAAAGAUCAAGAAACAAACAAAAAAAAAAGAAUUAACAAAGAAAAAAGGCACACAGUUAUUAUUGGUCAAUUUUGCAAUGCGUUAUAAUAACCCUUCUCCACUAUCGUAUUAUAUCCAUAGUUGAAACAGAAGUUCCAUAAUACGCAAUUUAGUUUUUCGUCUUGAAAUUUGUCAUAAUUAACGUGACGAAAGCCGUGCUAUUCGUUGAGCGUUCCACCGUUUUUUUUUUUAAUAUUCCCAACACCUCCCCCCAUCCCAUUUUUUACCAAAACAAUUUAUUAUUUGGAUUCGAUUAUAUUUUGGUGUGUGAUUGGAGUGCGUGUUGGGUGUGUAAGUGUAAAUGUGUGUGUCUUCUUCCUAAUCUAGUAUUUUGCUGGCGUUCUUUGGCUGCUUAAUUAUGCAAAAAGAAAAUAUCUGGAGGAGCGGCUUCGAUGUUUUUUGGGGCUUUCGGAUCGAACGAGAAAACGAGCAUUUCGUUUUUGUUGUUUCGUCCAAUUUUUUUUUUUUUUUUUGUAAUACCAUUAUUAUUAUUAAUUAAUUAGAAUUAUAAUUAUUUGCAAUUUUGUUGAAUUCGUUUCACUCCGGUAUGGUCCUUAAUUAUUAUUUUUUUUUUCUUUUCAUUGACAAAAAAAAAAUUAGUGAAAAGAAAAGAAUUUUCCAAUUUUGUGUGGGUUUUCCUUAUUUUUUGUGAUUCCCGGGCUCGGUGAAAACGUGUGUCGUCUACCAUAAAAGAAAAAAAACGGAUUAAUGAGGAUGGGAAUGUUUAUAUCAUUAUGCCCUUUCAUUUUGCGUUUCUAUUUUUUAUUUUGUGAGUCUUGAGUGCGUGUGUGUUCCCCCCCCCCCAUUUUCUCCACGACAAAACGAGAGGUCCAUCUUUUGUUCGUUCGUUUAUUUUGUCUCCCUCCCAUGAUUGCUAUAACUGCCUUAUAAUAAUAUGAAUAAUUAAUUAAUAACAAUUGAUUUUGUACAGUGUUGAGCGUGCUAGUUAAGUGAGAUUAUCUUCGUGCUUGCUUUCUUUUUUGCGAUGACGACGGCGAAAUGUGUCCGUGACCGUGUGCAGAGCAGGCAAUAUACAGACAGAAUGUCAAACGACUA